UCGAAACAAAAUGACUUCGAGUGAAAUCAACGAAUUUUUCAAAAACCAAACAGUUUUUCUUCUUGGUGGAACCGGUUUUUUGGGAAAAUUUCUAAUCGACAAACUUCUCCGAUUAAACGAAAUUUCCAAAAUCUAUAUUCUAGUGCGUCCCAAAAAGGGGAAAAGUGUCGACGAACGUUUCUGCGAUUUGUUCGAUUUUCCGUGUUUUGAGCGUUUGAAAAAGGAAAAUCCGGGAUUUAGAAAAAAAAUUGUAUUUGUGAGUGGCGAUUGUGAGCAACCGAAUUUAGGAAUUUCACAAGAAACUGAAGAUGUCCUAAUUGCCGAAACAAGUAUCGUGAUACAUGCUGCUGCUAAUGUCAAGUUUGACCAACCUUUGCGAAUUGCGACUUAUAUCAAUGUUAGAAGCACACAGGAUUGUAUCCAUUUGGCUAAGAAAAUGCCAAAUUUGAAAGCUUUCAUUUAUGUAUCCACAGCUUACUCCAAUUUUCCCUAUUUUGACAUCGAUGAAACGCUUUAUGAACCAGCAAUGAGAUCUAAAAAUUUACUUUCAGUUGUAGACUCUUUAGAUGACGAAACUUUGAACAAAGUAACUCCAGGAUUAUUGGGCAAAUGGCCCAACGCUUAUGUCUUCACCAAAACCAUAGCUGAGAAUUUGAUGAAAUCUGAAGAAAACAAUCUUCCAAUAGCAAUAGUACGACCAGCGAUAGUAAUGUCAGCUGCUGAGGAACCCAUGCCUGGAUGGGUGGACAAUUUUAAUGGAGUUACAGGAGUGACAACAGCUGUAAGUGUGGGAGUUAUUCGAAGUUUCUGCUGUCAAAAAAAUGCAACAGCACAUUUGGUACCUUGUGAUUACGUUUGUAACAUAAUCCUGGCAUCAGCAUGGCAUGUGGGCCAACAAAAGUCUAGCACACUUACUAUUUAUAAUUUCAUUGGUUCGAACACAAACGCGGUAAGUUGGCAAAAAUUCAAAGACUUGUUCGAGAUUUGCAUAAAAAAUUACCCAACGACCAAAUCUAUGUGGUACUAUGGUUUGGCAGUAACCCAUUAUAAAUUUUAUCACGACUUAAAAACAUUUCUUUUUCAUACUGUUUUAUGUUCUUUGGUCGACUUUAUUCUUCUAUGUGGGGGAAAAAAACCAGUUGUUGUUCAAAACAUGAGACGCUUUGAUUAUGCCAUUAAUCUGAUGACUUCUUUUACGACUAGUUCAUUUAAUUUCAAGCAUGACAAUGUUGACAAUCUUUGGAAACAAAUGAAUGAUCAAGAUAAAAACUUGUACAGAUUUGACAUGAGCACAUUCGAUUGGAGAACUUAUAUUAGGUCAUACGUGAUUGGUGCAAGGGUCUACCUCUUGAAGGACCCUCUGGAAACUAUUCCCGAGGGACAUAAGAAGGUGCAAUUUCUAGCUGUUGCGUACUACUUCACAAUGGGGGUGUUAUUUUGUCUUAUUUAUUUUUUCAUCAAGUUUGUUUUAAAACUUGUGCUUUAAUUUAAUACAGGUUACUACUGCUAUGUCUAAAUCUAAUACUAGAUGUCACGUAAAUGUCAUUCCAAAUAAAACAAAAAAAUUUUGGG